AUGCCCCGCCCUGAAGUCAUCGAGUUCAUGAACAAGCACAAGGUGGUGAGGAAGAAUUGGGUCCUGCCAGAGUCGUUUCCCAGCGCGGCUGUGCUGCAGGCGUACACCUCUCCUCAAGUGGACAGAAGCAAGGAUAAAUUCGUCUUUGGGCGGCCCGACCUCGAAAUUUUGCGAAGCUUCUGCCAGGAUCGCUUCGGUUGGGACAAGGCCAAGGUAGACGAGCUGCUGGUGCCUGUCCUCAGGGCACACGACCAGCGCACCGCGCAGCUUCGCAUCGACUCCUUCCUCCAGUUUCGACAGAGGUUCGCCAAAAUCAAGUCGCGCCGGCUGCAGAAGGCCGUGACUGGCGUCGCCGGCGGUGGCCACAAUCCGGACAUCGCGCUGCCACCGCAGGCAGACUCGCGACCUCGCGGGAGGAAGGGCGGGAAGGGGAAGAGUGAGAAGAGUGAGAGGCGGAGGAGCGAGGCUGGGGGAGAUGGCACCCAAGACGCUGACGCGGAUGCAGAGCAGGCGAGCAAGCGACAACGGGGACCAAACAAAUCAGGUGCACCCUUGGAAGGAGGUGCGAACAUGGGGGCCGUAUCGAGAGGGGGCCGUGGAGCGAGAGGGCGCAGGGGAGGCGGCGACGCCACCCGGAGGGGCAGAAAGAGUCACAAAUGCGCGGAGAGUGAGGAGACAGGAAAGAGUGACGGCGGAGAAAAGAGUGAGGGGCGAGGACAGAAUGAUGGGCGUUCUGUGGGGGAUGCAGAAGGGAGCAUCAGCGCGGAGAAGCGGAACCUCAGACCUCGAGAGGGCACGAAGAGCUACCAGGGGAUGGAUGGGGAUCCCGAAACAGAUGACUGA